CAAGUCUUCACAAGAAUUUCUUUUUGUCAAUCACCUAUGAAGCUCCUGAUUUUAAAGUUGCACUUCUGCAAUGAAGAAAAGGAGACGGCUCGCUGCAAGUCUAAACAAAAAGGUUCAUCUUGGCCAUGAGAAGGGUACUUCAGAACAGAUUCUUCUAGUGGACUGUGCGCAAGAAAUUGUUUCCAAGUCUGCAGAAAAAGCUCCUGCAAAUCAGCUUGAAUCUUCCCAAGAACUUCCGCCGUCACCAGAACAAAGAAAGCUCCUAAGCUCAUUGCAGUAUAACAGAAAUUUACUUAAAUACUUAAAUGACGAUAGACAGAAACAUCCAUCGUUUUGUGAUUUACUCAUAAUUGUAGAAGGAAAAGAAUUUAGUGCUCACAAAGUCGUAGUGGCUGUUGGGAGUAGUUAUUUUCAUGCUUGCUUGAGCAAAAAUCCGAGCACUGAUGUUGUCACGUUAGAUCACGUAACUCAUUCUGUCUUUCAGCAUUUGCUUGAGUUUCUCUACACAUCUGAGUUUUUUGUAUAUAAAAAUGAAAUUCCGUUAGUGCUGGAAGCAGCAAAAUUUUUGGAUAUCAUAGAUGCAGUGAAGUUACUAAAUAAUGAAAGUGUUUCUAACGUACAGACUGAUAGGGCAACUGAUGUGCCUACACCAGUAGAAACACUCAGUGAACUGACAGGUAAACUAUUAAAUAGUCAUCAGUGCACUUUUUGUGGUCGAAGUUUCUGUUACAAGAAGUCUUUAGAAAAUCAUUUGGCUAAAGCCCACAGGUUCCUUUCACUGGAAAGAAAACAUGGGUUAAAAAUGGUUGAGAAGGCUGACUUCUCCACUAGACGUUCUAUGAGAAACCGUAAAGGUCCAGCUAAAUUUGAUAACGGCGACAAUGAAAGUGGUGAUGCCUCUGACAGCAAUUUGGAAAAAGUCAUCUCUGACAAGGAAACACCUGAUAGAAGUGAAUUUGAAGACAGUGAAAGUGAAUGCAAUGCUGAUAAAGAGGGACAGGAAGAGGAAAUGUCAGGUGAAGAUUCAGAGUCUGAAGAACAAAGUGAAAAAGAACAGAAUGAUACUGAAGAGGGUUCUGAGGCAGUUGAUUCAGUGGGAAAUAUUCCUGAAGGCUUAGCUCCAGUCAUCAUUCAAAGCAGUAGUAAAAAACUACUGCAGUGUCCCAAGUGUGACAAAAAAUUUGAUCGAAUAGGCAAAUAUGAGAGCCAUACACGUGUACACACAGGUGAGAAGCCUUUUGAAUGUGAUAUAUGUCAUCAGCGCUAUUCAACGAAAUCCAACCUGACCGUGCACAGAAAGAAGCACUCUAGUGACACUGACUUUCAUAAAAAGGAACACAAAUGUCCCUACUGCAACAAGCUGCAUGCAAGCAAAAAGACUUUAGCAAAGCACGUGAAGAGGUUUCAUCCAGAGAAUGUACAAGAAUUUCUUUCUAUCAAGAAGACAAAGAGUGAAGGUUGGAAAUGUGAUAUUUGUAAGAAAUCUUUCACCCGAAGACCUCAUUUAGAAGAACAUAUGAUCCUUCACUCUCAGGAUAAACCCUUUAAGUGCACCUACUGUGAAGAGCACUUUAAAUCCCGAUUUGCAAGGCUGAAGCAUCAAGAAAAAUUCCAUCUCGGGCCUUUUCCUUGUGAUAUCUGCGGCCGCCAGUUUAAUGAUACAGGAAAUCUGAAGCGCCAUAUAGAAUGUACUCAUGGAGGAAAGAGAAAAUGGACAUGUUUCAUCUGUGGAAAGUCCGUUAGGGAACGAACAACUUUGAAAGAACAUCUGAGAAUUCACAGUGGGGAGAAGCCUCAUCUUUGCAGUAUUUGUGGGCAGAGUUUUCGUCAUGGAAGCUCUUACAGACUUCAUCUAAGAGUCCACCAUGAUGACAAGAGAUAUGAGUGUGAAGAAUGUGGGAAAACAUUUAUUCGGCAUGACCAUCUGACAAAACACAAAAAAAUACACUCAGGUGAAAAAGCACAUCAGUGUGAGGAAUGUGGAAAAUGUUUUGGUCGCAGAGAUCACCUUACUGUUCAUUAUAAAAGUGUUCAUCUAGGAGAAAAAGUUUGGCAGAAAUAUAAAGCAACGUUUCACCAGUGUGAAGUCUGUAAGAAAGUUUUUAAAGGCAAAUCAAGUUUGGAAAUGCAUUUUAGGACACAUUCAGGUGAGAAACCCUACAAAUGUCCAAUCUGUAAUCAGUCUUUUAGAAUUAAGAAGACGUUAACAAAACACAUGGUUAUUCAUUCAGACGCUCGACCUUUUAAUUGCCAACACUGCAAUGCAACAUUUAAACGAAAAGACAAGCUGAAAUAUCAUAUUGAUCAUGUUCAUGGAUCAAAGGCUGCAGAAGAGGCGUUGACAUCUUCAGAGGAAAAGCUGGUCUCUUUACCAGUGCAGUACACGUCUGAUGACAAAGUUUACCAAACUGAGGCUAAACAGUAUAUGGAACAGUCCAAAGUGUAUCAGUCGGAAGCCAAAACUUUGCUACAGAAUGUAUCUACAGAAGUAUGUGUGCCUGUGACUCUGGUACCAGUUCAGAUGUCUGAUCCACAAGCUGAUCUAGUACAGCCUACUCAGUCACACAGCAUUCUUCCUCCACAACCUGAACAGACAGAUUAUCAGCGAACAACAGAUCUGUCAUUUCUAGAGAAAUACACUCUUACUCCGCAACCUGCAAAUAUUGUUCAUCCUGUAAGGCCUGAGCAAAUGUUGGAUCCUAGAGACCAGUCAUAUCUUGGAACUUUACUGGGGCUAGAUACAGCUCCUGCUGUACAGAAUAUUUCAAACAAUGAACAUUCAUGAGCAGACCAUAACAUUCCACCUAAUUCACUAAGCCAUUAGCCAACAGAAAGCUGAUAUGGCAAUUAAGAUUUGUAUUUUAUAUUUUAUUUGGACUCAUGAGUCUUCUGCAUAGUUUUGAAAAAUCAGGUUUGUUUACAUAAUAUUUGAACAUUUAGGCACA